AUGCCACCGCGCAACAUGCACCAGCAGGCAGCAUCAGCCCUGUGGACCUUGACAGUCCUCACCCACACGGUGGGGAUGAACCACCAGCACUUUUCAGCAGGGGACACUAACUCGAGACAACCGCCGCAGAACCAGCAGCAGCCGGGAACGACCGAUCCAGCACUGGCGACAGCACCACAACAGCACUCCUCGACGCAGCAAGCACACACAACCCAGGCUCUCCCUCCCCAGCAGCAACAGCAGCAGCAGCCGCAGAACUGUGGUCCCAUCCACCCGGCCGGCGCAUGGCCAGCAGCCAGCGGGGGAAUGCUAUCCAACCCUGUGCCAAUGACCCCGUGGCUUCCACCAUGGGUCGCGAACCAGCAAAACACUGGGGGAUACACCUUCAUGGCAGCCACCCAGUUCCAAUGGCAAGCUACCCAUCCGGCAAUCCAUGGAGGCAUGGUGACAUCCUGGGGUGGCUACUCUUUAGACGCCACCCCCACAGUGAACACGGCGGACCACAGCUCCCCGCAACAGCAGCCGCAGCAAAACACAUACCCGGCCGAGGCAACAGCACCCACAGAACAUGACACGACGAGCAGCGGAGCACAGAACGUGGAACCGCCUUCUACUGAAGGCAUGCGCGAGAGCGCGACAGAAGCAGAGACAGCCAGCAAACCACGACGCAGCAGCGACGAUGCAGCCACUGCAGCUCCAACUGCUGACACCUACUGGGACGUACAGUGGGGGACCACAGCGGACGAAACACAGCCACCUACACAAACACCCGCAGCAGACCCCCCGAGCAUGACGGCGGCCACACCCCCGGCUAACACAACCGAGCAAGUUAGCCCACCCCCGCAAGCAUCCGCAGCUGCCACAUCGAGCAUGCCGGACGCAACACCAUCGGCAGACACAACCGACCGAAUGAGCGCCGCAGCCACCCACAGCGAGGGACAACAACAAGCCAGCAAGCAACCCCCCUGGGAGCGCGAUCCCUCCUGGGGGGGACGCGGACAAGCCACAAGCUCCACACGACGCACCGAAGCAACUGCGGAUGGGCGGACCGGCACAAAAGCAGACACCCACGCCAAAGAGCGCUUCGCUGCGCUCCUCAACAAGCACAUGCUGCCCCGCGACACACACAGCAACCUCCUGGCAGCAGCAGCAGCAGCAGUGGAGACGGACGGCAUGGAAGGUUGCCCAUCCUCUACGGGCCCCCUGGACCAAGCCCCGCCCUUCACUAGGGGAACGAUCGGACGCACAGCACCCAUGCCGCAGGGGAACGCCUGGCUCCUCAUCAUCACUGGCACCCCCCACUUGGAUGAAUACGAAUCCAACACCAUGCUGGCAGUCGAGGGGGACAAGUUCAUGAUAGAACUCACGAGCCGAGGAUGGAGACUUACAGUCGAGCAUCUAACAUCUCUCCCAGCCCGAGACCAACGUCCCCCUACCAAGAAGCCCAAGCAUGUCGACACACCGAGCAGGGACGAGGAUGCCAGAGAGCCCCCCAACACGAAUGCAGCAACCGCAGCCAGCAGCAACGAGCCGGAGGGGACCACAGCAGCCACCACCCCCACAGACACCACUCCACCCGUGGAACAACCAACAAACACCCACUACACGACAACAGAACAAGCAGAAGCAGCACAGUCGGCAGCGGGGGACGACGACUCCCCAGUCCAGUGGUUUGAAGAGGUGGAGGACUCCCCGCCACACGUUAGUCAACUCGGUGAGGGCCGGUGGCACUUGGCGAUUCGAGCCGAUAAAGGCAAGAGCGCUAAAAAGCUGGCGGGCCUCCCCUUGGCUGUGGUGGAAGGAGAAGGCGGGGACAUAGACGACGCCCCCCCGCUACCCAUCGGACUCGAAGGAAUCCUAGAAUUCCUCACGGAGGAUCUCUGGGUCCUGACCAUCGAGCUUACUCCCCCCCAUCCCAAUUAUGAGCAAGACACUAUGCUCCUCUCACCGGGGGACAGGCUGCUACUCGAGAGGAGUCUCACUGGGUGGCAAAUCCGUGUCGAACACCUCGACCCAAAUUGCCCUCCGCCCAUCCAACGGCUGAGACAACGGCGCCGUGAAACCCUAGCAGCAGCAGCCCGCAACAAAGACACUGCAGCAGCGGGGACGCGGGGAAGAGGACACCUCCCUAGCAUCCCAGAACGAGGCGAGGCCAGGGACAACCAGGCCAGCAGCAGCUCCACGGACAAGCCAGGGGGACAACACGCCGGGGAGGCAACCACAAGCACCGGCUCGAGCUCUUCACACGAGACACCACAAAGCUACUACCCACAGGAGGACACUGCAGCCCUCGUGCAAACACACGCUACCACCAGACCUGCAACAACUGAAGCCUCACAUAACGAGGAGCCUGCAGCAGCGACCUCGGCCACGCAGCAGCAAGCGCCCACCACACCCAUCGAGACACCACCAGCAGAGGCGACCUGGACCAUGCAGCCACCGGUCGCAAUCACUAGCAGCAGCAGCAAUGCCAGCAGCGGAGCUCACCUGGUCUCCCUCCGAACGCCGACCCCUCCAACGCGAGACGGGGGGGCCCCCGCACAAACGGGAGAGCCGAGCUCAGGAAGCAGCGACCACAGACCCAUGACGCGCUCGUGGCAACGGGUCGAGCAAAAGCUCGUUGAAAUCCGAAGGAUCGCAGAACAGCACGAGGGGUCGCAAGCAGAAGCGAUCGCCCAAGCGGCAGACACAGCACUGAUCGAUCUCCUGGUGGACACCCCCACUGCCCUGCAACUUGAAGCGGGGGAGCAACACACCGUGCCACAGGGGACGACAAAAGCAGCAGCAGCUAUCAGUGCAGCACAACAGCUCAGUAGUCUAGCCAAGAGCUUGCUAAGUAAAAGGGGGAGCGUAGUUGUGCCCUAUGCCAUGGUUUCCUCCCAAGUCGCUGCCUUGAUAGAAUGGCUGGCGACCUUGGAUCGGGGGAGUAUCGCAGUGCAUGUGCAACUCCCACCCGUCCUCACACCGCUCCGCGAGAUCCUCGAUCAGAUGUUGCAGGGCCAACCGGGGGAUGCCACAACCUGGGCGCGACUGGUCGCUGUGGCAGAAGCCUUUGAGGCACUGAUCUCAGGGGACACCCUGACACACCCCGCGGACGUGCUGGGACAGAGCCAGGGGGGAACAGCUUCUCCACUACUAUGCGCUGAUGGUGUGGCACCAGAGUGGUACAACGCGGUCGAAACACUGCGGGGACUGUUGCAGCAGAUUCCCCACUGGCCUACGCGAGUCCUACCGACGAUACAACAGGAGGACCGGGGGAAUGGACGCCUGACCAGUGGUGGUAUGCAGAAAGACACCAUGGGCUGGGAGACGCGGCACGCUCUGCAGCAAGGGACGGCGCUACAAGCACCUCGCCACGUAGCCGCCCACUUCGGCGUCCACGAAGCCCGAGUUCGGACGCGAGCCAUAGACGACGACGAGUGCUGGCAGAGCAUGUUCAUGGCCACGAUCUGUGAUGACGGGGAACCAAACUACGUGGGGGACUGA